AUGUGGCUGUACUCGGGCAUUGACAACACCACUCGGAUUCACCCGGAGGAAGUUGACGAGGAGACGGUGGCGCAGUGGCUCCAGGGCAUCACUGGCAACAAGGACAACCCCAGGGGGUCUAGGAGGGUCCCUCAACUCGACAACACCUACGAACCAGACAAGGUUUAUACUGAGAUGUACUCGAUGCCCAACGGAGAGCAGGUGCAGGAGCAGGAGCAGGAGGGAGAGGUGAUCGGAGGCGAGAUCGGCGACUGGCAAUCUGAUGGGGGAGACGACGAGGAGAGCGAAGACUCAAGCGAUGGCGAGGAAGUCGAGUCUCCACCUCGCUCAGAAAGAUGCUCCAAGCAGAGGCAAGACCCAUCGAGUGUUCGUGGCAAGGCGACCGCUCCGACUGGUCAGACCUCAAAACGCACUCGAACAUCUUCUCCUGUGCCGACUGAGAAAGCUCCGAAGCAACCCAAAGUCGCGCCGUCAAAGCCCCGGAAGGCCUUACCCAAGAUUAAAGUGGCCGUCCCCAUCGCUUCUAGUGCUGCUACCUCCGGGACUUCUGUUUAUAAAGAUGAUGAUGAUGAGGAGAUGGAAGAUGCAGUCACCUCCAACGCGGCUCCACCCAAUGUUAUUGAACUUCCUGAUGACGAUGAAGAUGUGCCACUGAGACCCAUGGGAAGGGGGAGCAGGACUUCGGGCAGGAAAGCAUCAACUAACAAGACGCCCCAGUCGACGCCGACGACGGAACCAGUGAUUCAGCAGUCCGGAGACCUCAACCGGGCUUCUGUUACUUUUGCCAUUCCAUUGUCGAAGGACCAAGUGAGUGCUGCCAACGAAGCUAUACACCAGGCAGGCAUCAUGAUGGAGCAGAUGAAAGUGGUUCGCGAGGCCAAUCAAGCUGCUUAUGACGCCAGCUCAGCACUCCAGGCCAACGUCCAGAGAUCUUGUGAACUUGGAGCUCGAAAAAUGAACCAGGCUUUGGCGAAGAAGGAUCUUGACCUUGCAGCCGCACAGAAAACAGCAGAAGAGAAAACGGCACUCGCCGACCAGAAGCUAGCCUCAGUCGGAAAACUGGAGGAAGAGAACACCAAGUUGAAGGCUGCCCUUGAUGAAGCCAACAGGGAGAACUUCGAGGAAGAGAUUGGGCGGAUUGAGACGAGCUUGGACCCCAUCCUCUCCCCUGUUAAGGAUGAAGCUGCCAUGAACGUGCUCCAACGGGAGUCUCACCUUGCCAGCGUCAUGGACUAUCUUGCACAGCUGAAGGUGGCGAUGUCACGGAUUGACACGACACUCUGGCCAAGGGCGACAUUUCAGAAUGAUCUCGAGUCUCUGAUGACUCGACUUAACGAGAUCCUGGUCGAGUGCAGGAAUGGAAGAAGUCUUCGGCUCGGUGUGGUGCUGACCUGGCUCUGUCUCUGGUUCGCGUCCACUGCAAGGAAGCCAAAGAAGAGAAGCUAG